GGCGCUCUUUGAGAUAGCUUCUUUGAUCAGGGAAGGUUGAGCACGAAACCCUAUCGAUGGAGCCACAGCGGAAGAAGCUCGAAGUCUUCGUUCGAGCUCCCGAACUCGGCCUCCCCUCCCGGUUCCUAACCCUCACGCCCGAUGUCACCCUCCGUCGCCUCAAGCUCGCCUUCCUCCCCCGAUCCUUCCCCCAAACCCUCGCUCUCGAAUCCCUCUUCUUCGACCUCGGCGGCAGGCCGCUGCCUGAUUCCUCAACCCUCGAUGCUGCGGGUGUCUUUUCCAGCUCGUCCACCGUCCUCGAUCUCCGUCUCCGUCUUCGAGGCGGCGGCGGUGAUGGCGGAGCCACCGGCGCCGAGUCCCGCGAUUGCUACCUCAACAUGUACGCCGUCAAGAAGCCCGACAAGGUGGAUCCGAACGAGACCCGGCUAUCUAAGUGGACGACCUGCGCGCUUUCCGCCGAGCCUCUUGCCCCGCCCGUCGUUGUCGACCGGCUUGGCAACCUCUUCAACAAGGAAGCCCUAGUUGAAGCCCUCAUCCACAAAAAGAUCCCCAAGGAGUUUAGCCAUAUUAGGGGUUUGAAGGAUAUGAUCCCGAUCCAUCUUACUCCGAAUCCGAGCGCCGUUGCCUCCGAGACGAAGUUUGAGUGUCCGAUUACUGGCCUCGAGUUCAAUGGGAAAUACGGGUUCUUGGUGCUUCGUGGGUGCGGGCAUGUUUUGAGUGCGAAGGCUCUCAAAGAAGUCAAAUCUUCUGCUUGUUUGAUUUGCCAUAAGGAGUUCUCGGAGUCAGAUAAGCUUGUCAUCAAUGGAAGCGCUGAUGAGGUUGCAGUGCUGAGGGAGAGGAUACAGGAGGAGAGGGGCAAAUUGAAGGAGAGGAAGGAGAAGAAGGCCAAUGCAUCCCUAAGUGGCAAGAAGCAUGCUGGCGAUGAGAAUGGCGGGAUCUUGGAGAACGGAAGGAAGGAUGGAGGUGCAAAAAGGUUCAAGGCGGUGGAUAUGGUUCCGGCCAAUGCAACAAAGGAAGUUUAUGCAUCGAUUUUUACGUCUUCGAAGAAAUCAGACUAUAAAGAGACUUUCAGUUGCAGAUCGCUUCCACUGGGCAGGAACUGAUUCUAGAUGGGCCACAUGGUAUCUUUGCUUGAAAGGUCUGUUGAACCUCUCUGGAUGUAGAGCUUCUAUGGAUGUAAGCUUUAUUAUUGUUCUUUGAGAAGUUUAAGUACGUUGCUGAAAUUUUCAAUAUAGAUGUGAGGAGACUAGAGCGAGCCGAGAAGACGGCAGCAGUGUGGUAGCGACGAGGCCAUCGCCUGCCCCAUCCUAACAUCUUCUUAUUCGAUUCUGCACGCUUCCACUCGUAAAGAAUCGUAUGUCGUAGACGACUUCCAAUUUAAUAUGUUUAUGAGCUAAUCGGAGGAUAUUUGUUGUAUUACUUACUGGCUUACUGCUUCAGCCGUUAGGAUUAAUAUUGUAUCCGACAUUGCAUAAAAAUUUCUGUUGAAAUCAAAUAUGUUUGACGUGCA